AUGUGUUCGUAUCCAACACCUGAUAGACCUGUAAAUUCUGUACUGUUAACGAUAAAAUUACUCGCAGCGUGGUCCCAGCGACCAGAUGAGCAGUUUCAAUUAUUGCGGAAGAAUCUCAAGGCCACGAAAAUUGCUCCACACGGUAGUCCGGUGCGAGCGUACAUCGCCUACCACAAGCUGGGUCCAGCCAUGGAGACCCAGACAGCUACGCCGCAGAGCGACUGUGAAUGCGGCGUACACCCAUCAGCAUUCUAUCUACUGGCUACAUUGUUACUCACUAGGUACAAGAAGAUGUCUCCAAAAUUAUAUCUGCAUACACUCAACAAAGGUAGCCCGUAG